AUGAAGAAGAAUGGUAUCCGAUACUUUAAUUUCAAGAGUGCUAAGAAUGCUAUCAUAAAUUGUUUUCGAUCUCAACCAAUAAAACCUCCAUACAAGCAUAUCUGUCAACUUGGCGACCCUGUUUUACGACAGAAGGCGGCUCCAGUGGACACGCAGAUAAUAGGGACGCGCGAAUUUCAAGAGAUGCUUGAACAGUUAAGCAAUGUGUUAAGGAAGUAUAAUAUGUCAGGAGUAGCAGCACCGCAAAUCGGCCUUUCUUUGCAAGUAUUUGCUAUAGAAGUAAGAAAAAAAAUUUUGGAUAAAAUUGAUCCAGAAAUUCAGAAGUUUUGUGAAAUGGAAGAAGUUCCAUUGACAUUCUUUAUUAAUCCAGUCAUGGAGAUAAAAGGUGAAAAAAAUGUAAUGCAUACCGAAAUGUGUGGAAGUAUUCUCGGUUAUGGUGCCGAUAUUUUGAGGGCAAGAGAAGUUGAAAUUAAAGCUUUUAAUCGAUUAGGAGAGACAUUCUCUUGGACGGCUAAAGGCUGGCCAGCGAGGAUCGCUCAACAUGAAUUUGAUCAUUUACAAGGUAAACUAUACAUUGAUAAAAUGGAUCCAUCUACAUUUCAAUGUAUUUUUUGGGAAGAGAUAAAUGCCAAUAAAGGAAAAGUUGAAUUUAGAUUUUAUCAAAAAUAA